AUGGAAGACAGUACGGGUGAAGAGAGCCAGCCAUCACCUGCGACAACAGUGACUGUGCGAUGGACCAUGAAGGGUACGACUCGACCGUCUGUACAAUCAACACAUGGUGCUCGGAACACAAGAUCAUGGGAUUAUGUAGCUAGAACCAUGGUGGCCGGAGGAGUAGCAGGGAUUACGGCUAAAACCGCCAUUGCCCCAUUGGACAGAGUCAAGAUUCUUUUCCAAGCUAGUAAUCCACACUAUGAGAAAUAUGCAGGAACGUUAACAGGGGUAUUUAGAGCAACACGAGAUAUUCAAAGGACUGUUGGACUACGAGGAUUAUUCCAAGGGAACUCUGCUACGGUGUUAAGGAUCUUUCCAUAUGCUGCUAUCAAGUUUAUGGCUUAUGAGCAGUAUCGCAGUCUGCUAAUGCCUACAAGGAUAGAUGAGACGCCUUUCAAGAAGUUGAUUGCAGGAUCCAUGGCAGGCAAAGAGCGCCAAUGCGUGACAUCUGUAUUCUUCACAUAUCCACUGGAUUUGUUCAGAGUACGGCUUGCUUUCAAUACGGAAGCCACAUCGUACCUGACACUAGCCAAUAAGAUAUACAAUGAGCCAACAGCAACACCAACAAGCUUCAGGAUGUCCAAUUUUUAUCGUGGAUUCCUUUGUUCAGUAGUAGGCAUGAUCCCGUAUGCAGGUGUAUCUUUCUUCACUCAUGAUAUCAUGCAGGAUUAUUGUCGGAAAAACCUUCCUUGGACGUUAAAAGCCAUUCAUAGCCCGAUAUCAGGUCAGCCUAGUGGUAGUCGCGAUAUUAUUGAAGCAAACUCUCGUCCAGAGCUGCUGACCACAGCAGAACUGGCUUGUGGAGGGAUUGCAGGCGCAGUUUCGAUGACAGCAGCGUAUCCGUUUGAAGUCAUCCGCCGUAGAAUGCAAGUUGCAGGCGCAAUGGAGAUAAAUAAGAGCACUUUAGUGGAUGGUAUAUGGGACACAGCCAAGAGGAUCUACUUUACAAAAGGGCCACGAGGGUUCUUUGUGGGGUUGAGCAUCGGAUACCUCAAGGUUACACCGAUGGUAGCCUUGUCAUUUGCAGCGUACGAGAAAAUGAAGAUUCUCCUGAAAAUAAAUUAA